UCUUUAGGUGUGAUAAUGUUAAAGGGUGCAUACCAGUGUUUGGAACUUUUAAUACCACAGCUGGCAAUGACAAUGUUACAGAUAUAUCUAUUGACAACUCUAUGGAGACAACAGGUUUUUCGAACGAUCAUUUGCUGAUAUAUUCACUGGUAGCAACUAGCAUUAUCUUCACUGUUGGGACGUGUUUUGUCUGUCGUAGAUUACAGAAAAAGAAAGCCAGACGAGAAGUGACUACACAUGAGACAACUUCACCUCAUAGUCAAAUAACAAAUUAUGGAAAUAAGACUUAUUUAAGCACAGAGGGGAACUCUUUAAUGAAUAACACUUUCACAAAUAAAUCAAUUGGUCCCUUUAUUGCAACAGAAGAAUCAAAUCCUCCAGACAAAGAAGAUACAGACAAUGACGAAGACAGUAACCUUCAUCCCUACAACAACAUUCUUAAACCAGAAUCCAACUCUGUGUCAGAAGAUCGUCCUCAAAAACCGUUUCAAACAUUCAGAGAAAGUUUGGCGGAAUCAACAGAAGAUAUAACAAACCAAUUGGAUUAUCAUACGGGGGAUUGAUAGCUUCUGGAGACGAUAGAAAUAAUAAAUGAGA